AAUCGCAACCAAAUUCCUCUUCGCGAGCCGCUUUCUGAAUAUUUUACCCCCUUUAUCCUUUGCUAUGUGAUUCCAUUUUCGUUUCUUGGUCUGGAAAAUUUCACUUGAAAAACUUCACCUUUAUCCUUUUGUUUGUCUCAGAGGAAUGAUUCUCCCAUAUUCGACACAGUUCACUUGCCCUCUUAAGGAGAAUGGAUUCAGCUUUUCCUCCGCCGUUCCUGCUUCUUCCCAUUUCAAAAGAUAUCCUUUUGAGCUUGCUUCGUCGAGACAUGAGUGUUUUGGUUCUGUGAAGAUUGUCUCCUCGAAAGGGAAUGUUAUGAGGUCUAGAAGAAAUGUGAAAGCUUUUGGGUUGGUUGAUAAACUUGGGAAGAAGUCAUGGAGAAGAGAAGAAGAAAGCGACAGUGAAGAUGAGGAAGACGAAGCUAAAAAAGAUACAUCGAGCAAAAGAUUAGGCGACGAAGCAAGUCUUGAUGAUCCAGAAGAGAGACGGGAAUGGAGGAAGAAGAUAAGAGAGGUGAUUGAUAAGCAUCCUGAUAUUGAAGAGGAAGAGAUUGACCUUGUUGAGAAGAGGAGGAAGAUGCAAAAGCUUCUUGCUGAUUACCCUCUUGUUGUGAACGAGGAAGAUCCUAAUUGGCCCGAUGAUGCUGAUGGUUGGGGGUUUAGCUUCAAUCAGUUCUUCAAUAAGAUAACAAUUAAGAACGAAAAGAAGGAUGAUGAUGAUGAUGAAGACGAUAAUGGAGAUGAUAGUCACAAGGAGAUUGUUUGGCAAGAUGAUAACUACAUACGCCCGAUUAAAGAUCUCACAACUGCAGAAUGGGAGGAUUCAGUGUUUAAAGAUAUCAGUCCGCUCAUGGUUUUUGUUCACAACCGCUACAAAAGGCCAAAGGAAAACGAAAAAUUCAGGGAAGAACUAGAGAAGGCGAUUCAUGUAAUAUGGAACUGUGGACUUCCUUCACCAAGAUGUGUUGCUGUUGAUGCUGUGGUUGAGACAGAUUUGGUCUCUGCUCUGCAAGUAUCAGUGUUCCCAGAGAUCAUCUUCACUAAAGCCGGAAAGAUACUAUACCGCGAGAAAGGCAUUAGAACAGCAGAUGAGCUCUCAAAGAUAAUGGCUUUCUUCUAUUAUGGAGCUGCAAAACCACCUUGUUUGAAUGGUGUUGUUAAUUCCCAAGAACAGAUUCCUUCAGUUGAUGUAAGUGCCGAUAAAGCAUAGGCCUUUGUGAUUAUGUAAAGUAGUUUCUUCUCUAAAGCCUGAAGAAAAUGUAUGAACUGAUGAAGAAGUAAUCAAAUCUUUUGAAUUUGAAA